AUGCAUCCAAUACGUGGUACAGUUCAACCUUAUGCAUGGGGUAUGAUUGGUUCAUCAUCACUUGUUGCACAACUUGCUUCAAAAUUUUCUUCAAUUAUAUCUACACAACCUUAUGCUGAAUAUUGGAUGGGAACACAUUUAAAAGGUGAAUCAUAUUUAAUUGAUAAUAAUCAAAUAAGUUUAAAAUCAUAUUUAAAUAUUGAUUUACCAUUUUUAUUUAAAAUCUUAAGUAUUGAAACAGCUUUAAGUAUUCAAGCACAUCCAAAUAAAGAACAUGCUAAAAUAUUACAUAAAAAAAAUCCAAAAGAAUAUCCUGAUGAUAAUCAUAAACCUGAAAUGGCCAUUGCAUUAACAAAAUUUGAAUGUUUAUGUGGAUUUCGUCCAUAUAAUGAAAUAAAUGAAUUUUUAAAAAAAUAUAAACAAUUAGAAAUAUUAUGUGAUAAAAAUCUUAUAGAACAAUUUUCAAAUGCUAUUUCUUUAAAUAUGGAUUUAUCAAUACAACAAACAUUACUUAAACAACUCUAUUCAAAUUUAAUGCAAUCAUCAUCAAUAAUUAUAUCACAAUGUAUUAAUGAUCAUUUAGAAUAUAUUUUAUCAAUAUCAGAUUCAUAUAAUGAAUUAUCUAAUUUAUUUCAACGUCUUAAUAAACAAUUUCCAAAUGGUGAUGUUGGUUUAUUUUCAAUAUAUUUUUUUAAUUAUAUUAUAUUAAAUCCAGGUGAAGCUAUACUUCUUAAAGCUAAUAUUCCACAUGCUUAUUUACAUGGACAAUGUAUUGAAUGUAUGGCAUGUUCAGAUAAUGUUGUACGUGCUGGUUUAACACCAAAAUUUAAAGAUAUUUCAACAUUAAUUGAUAUGCUUGAUUAUCAACCAUUAACUAUUGAACAAACAAAAUUUUUUGGAAAGAAAAUAUCUGAAAAUAUAAUUCAAUUUGAUCCAAGACAAGUAUCAAAUAUUGAUGAUUUUAUUGUUGAAGAAAUUAAAGGAAAAAAUGGUUUAAUUAAUGCAAUUGAUAAACCAAGUUUAAUUGUUAUUAUUCAAGGACAAGGAACAAUGAAUGAAGGAAAAAUUUCAUUUAAUGAACCUAGUGUUUUUCUUAUUGAUAAACAAACAUCUAUUGAUUUUAAAUCUAAUAAUGAUAUUUUAGCUUAUCGUGCUUAUUCACCUAUUUAA